AUGGAUCGACAACAAGGGACAGUUGAUCGAGGAGUCGAGAAAAUUGAAUCGACUGCUUUAAAUACUGUUUUAACAAUUAAUAAGAUUGAGUCCAGCGACGUCGGAGCUUUCACUCUACGCGUCAAAAACAGAUGUGGAGAGGACAGCUAUGGAAUUAGCAUUAAGGUUACUGAUCGACCAGAGCCACCUGGAAAGCCAUCUGUACAAGAUCAGAAUGUAGAUUCGGUUCGAUUAAUGUGGGCUCCACCAACACUAGAUGGCGGAUCUCCUGUACGCAACUAUACCGUGGAAAUGCAGCCAAGCAAAACGAAGAUCUGGGCUAAAGCGGAAGUGACAAAACAACCUUUCAUUUCUCUCUUCAACCUCGAGGUUGGAGAGACAUAUCGAUUCCGUGUUCGAGCCGAUAAUACGUUUGGACAAUCAGAACCUUCUGAGGAAUCUGAUCCUAUCUACGUUAAGGAUGUUGCAAGAAAAGUUGAGGAACCACAGAAACAGACCAAAGCUCUUGACGAGAAAGAAGCCAUUAAUUAUGACAAACUGGAUACCAAAGUGGAACCAGUUGAUUAUAAGACUGUAGAUGUUCAUAAGCUUCCUAACGAUCUUCAUUCUAAGUAUAUCAUUUGCGAAGAAUUAGGUCGUGGGGCUUACGGAACAGUUUACAGAGCAAUCGAGAGAGCUACGGGCAAGACCUGGGCUGCAAAAAUGGUGCAGGUUCGGCCAGGAGUCAAGAAGGAGAACGUUCUUCAUGAGAUAACCAUAAUGAACCAACUUCAUCAUGACAAAUUGCUGAACUUGCAUGAAGCAUUCGAUUUAGGAACGGAAAUGUGUUUGAUUGAGGAAUUUGUUUCGGGAGGGGAGCUGUUUGAGAAGAUUAUGGAAGACAAUUCUUUGAUGAGUGAAGAGGAAGUGAGAGACUACAUGCACCAAAUUUUGCUUGGUGUUCAACACAUGCAUAAUAACGACAUCGUUCACUUGGAUCUAAAACCUGAAAAUAUACUUUUGAAAGCCAAGAAUUCUACCGAAUUGAAAAUUAUUGAUUUCGGUCUGGCUCGCAAGUUAGACCCGAAGAAAUCAGUAAAGCUUCUCUUCGGAACACCUGAGUUCUGUGCUCCAGAAGUAGUGAACUAUCAACCAGUCGGUCUUUCUACCGACAUGUGGACCGUUGGAGUCAUUUCCUAUGUGUUAUUGUCGGGUCUUUCACCUUUCUUGGGUGACAACGAUGAGGACACAUUGGCUAAUGUUUCUGCAGCCGAUUGGGAUUUCGAAGAUUCUUCUUGGGAUGACGUUUCUGAUUUGGCUAAGGACUUUAUUUGUCGUUUAAUGGUUAAAGAUAAACAUCGUCGAAUGACUGUCCAAGACGCUUUACGUCAUCCAUGGAUUGCUGGUCCAUUGUUGUCCGCGUUCAAUGAUUUGUCUGAAUACGUUAAGAAAAUGACUCCACCUGCUGAUGGCGGUAAUGUUCCAGCUCGCCAGAAACGGAACUUUUUAUCGCUUAAACGUUGGUCUGAUGAUUUGCUUCCAAUUGGUCGUAUGGCCAAGAGGGGAGCUAUAUUCCGUCGCCUUACCAUGGACGGUGUUUUCGAACGAAAUGUUUCAUUCGACACAGAUUCAAGUGCACCAAGAGUUCGAAAGCAAUUAGAAGAUAUUGUUGCCAACGUUGGUGACUUAAUUGCCACGCUAUCAUGCGAUCUUGAUGGAAAUCCAUCACCAAAGAUUUCAUGGUUCAAAGAUAAUGUAGAAUUAAGAGUACCAUCACCUAAAUAUAAUUCGAGCUUCAAUGACGGGUUAGCUGAGCUUAUAGUAAAGAAUGUCGAACCGACCGAUGCUGGUACUUAUAAGUGCCGAGCAACUAAUGAUAUUGGAUCCAUAAGCACUGAAUCACGCUUGAAAAUAGAUGUGACUUCAAAGAAUAGUAAGAAAUAUAAAGCUGAAACAUCACCAGCUACCAUCUCUAAGAGAACAAGAACGGAGAAAAUUGCUGCAAAUGAUGAAAAUCCGUUAAUUGAUUCACCUCCUAACUUCCAUCACAAGCUUGCUGACACUUGUGUAAAGAUUGGAGAAACUACUAUUCUGAGCGUUACAAAUACGACAUUGCCUGAGCCAGUUGUUGAAUGGUUCCAUAAUGAAAUACGGGUUACUGAAAGUGAUCAAGGAUAUCUUAGAAAACAUGAUAAGGGUCGAUAUGAGUUAGAAAUUCUAAAUGUUGAAACAGCCGAUGAAGGUGUUUGGAGAGUAGAAGGCAAGAACGAGUUUGGAUCAUGUGAAAGUUCAUGCAGGCUAACUGUUGAAAUUCCGAGUGGAUUCCACGCUCCAUCUUUCGAUCAUCCGCUCACUGAUGUGAGAUGUGAAGAGAAAGAAAUUCUAAAGUUGGACGUGAAAAUUGCUGCAAACCCAUCUCCGGAAAUUAAAUGGUACCGCAACAACACCGAAAUCCUUCAUGGCGAUAGACAUCGUUUACAAUUCGAUGAUGUCGAUGGCAAUUAUUCUUUAACUAUCAUUGACACUUAUAAGGAAGACAGUGGAGAGUACAAAUGCUCCGCUGGAAACUCAUUAGGAAAAGCUCAUACAGUUUGUUGUGUUAGAAUUGAAGAACUAGAAUCGAGAGGAACCCGCAAGUUAAACCAUGGCCAUAGAGCUCCUCGAUUCAGAAUGCAACUACCCAACCCAAGAGAGGUACCCGAGGGAACAGAAAUGAUUCUUGUUUGUGCUGUAACUGGAUCACCUGUACCCGAGAUAAGAUGGCUUAAAGAUGAGAAGCCAAUAGACAUGACCGGAAAACAUACUAAAUGCGAAAACGGAGUGUGUUCUCUUACCAUUUUCGCUACAACACCAGAAGAUGCUGGAACUUAUGUUUGCGAAGCUGAAAACAUCAAUGGAUCAGCUCGUUCUUCCAGUUUAGUAUGUAUCAUACCUCCAAUCGAUCCCGUCUUCAAACCACGCUUCUCGGAACUCCUACACAACGUUUCCGUUGUUGAAGGAGAAGAAAUGGUUUUAGAAUGUUCUGUUCAAGCCAAGCCUUUGCCGAGUGUGACUUGGUACAAGGAUGGAUUGAAGAUGAUGGUUUCCAACCGUAUGCUCCACUACACUGACCGUAGAGGAGUAUCUCGAUUGAACAUCAUGAAUGUCAUUCCCGAAGAUGCUGGAGAAUACACAUGUGAAGCUGUGAAUAGCUGCGGAAAAGAUUUCACUCAUUGUACAGUCAAAGUAGCAGAGAGUGGCUCUGAUAUGUCACAUCUAGCUCCCGUGAGAAGUAGAAGCCGUAGUAGAUCACCCACUGUUAUGCGAAGUUCUCCACCUGUUUUAAUACGAUCAUUGAUGAACAAGACUGUCAUAGAAGGUAAACGAGAAGUACUUGAGUUAGAAGUAGAAGGCUCACCUACGCCUUUGGUUGAGUGGUAUCAUAAUGGAAAGCUGGUGGCAGAAAGCCGAACUCUUAGAACAUAUUUCGAUACUAGACUAGCUGUUCUUAAGAUUUAUGAAGCUCUUCCUGAACACGAAGGAGAAUACGUUUGUAAAAUCUCUAAUAAGCACGGAAGUGUAGAAGCUUCUGCGUCUCUUGUCGUAACUUCGAUGCCAAACGAAUUGUAA